CACGCGUUUUUGUUUUGUUUGCGUUCACGUUAUCAUUAUUUGGUAUUCAUUUACAUUUAUUUUUGCCUAAGAAAGUCUCAAUAAAUAUGUCAAGAAGACCCGAGCAUUCGGCACCGCCCGAAAUUUUUUAUAACGAGGAUGAGGCCAAAAAGUACUCCCAGAACUCCCGUAUUAUUGAAAUCCAGGUUGAAAUGGCGGAACGUGCAUUGGAGCUGCUUGCGUUGCCUGAUGACGAUGAGACGCGGCUGAUUUUAGAUAUUGGCUGUGGUUCGGGGCUGUCAGGCAGUGUCCUGGAAGAUGCAGAUCACAUGUGGAUUGGUGUCGACAUAUCCAAGGCCAUGCUGGAUAUUGCCGUUGAGCGUGAAGUUGCAGGCGAUGUUAUUUUGGGUGAUAUGGGCGAGGGAAUGCCCUUCAAGCCGGGUACUUUUGAUGGUGCUAUUUCAAUAUCGGCAUUACAGUGGCUUUGCAACGCCGAUAAAACGUCACAUAAUCCACAUAAGCGAUUGCUCAAGUUCUUCACUACACUUUUCUCGUGUCUGACGCGCACAGCGCGUGCAGUUUUUCAAUUUUAUCCCGAGAAUUCGGAUCAAAUUGAAAUGGUCACAUCUCAGGCCAUGAAGGCGGGCUUCUAUGGCGGUCUAGUCGUUGAUUAUCCCAACUCAACAAAGGCCAAGAAGUACUAUUUGGUGUUGAUGACUGGCGGCGCAGCGCCUCUGCCUCAAGCCUUGGGCUCGGCGGAGGAGGAGCGACGUGUGAACUAUAUCAAGAAACGGGACGCUUGCCGAGAGGCACGCGGGAAGGCGCCAAAGAAAUCGCGAGAUUGGAUUUUAGCUAAGAAAGAGCGACGUCGUCGCCAAGGCCUCGAGACGCGCCCAGACACAAAGUAUACAGCACGCAAACGCAGCGGUCGUUUCUAAACAUAAUUUAUAGCGAGAAUAUAGCCGAUAAAAGGUA